UACCCCCCCAACCCCAACAUCCCUCCCUCCCUUGCCCCUACCACCCUGCAGCUAACUCGAUACCACUUCCCCUGGAUCAACAUUAUUCCUUUCGCCCGCGUCCGCGACAACCUUAUCCGGCGCGAAGGCCGCUUUGACAAUUGGGAACUGUGGCAAGACCUCGUCGGCGAGCUCAUGAGCUCUACAGCGGUCGCAUGGCAGCGAGGUACGCCCGUUAGCUUCUCCGCCCCCGUCCCCGAACUCAGGCAGUCACCGACCCUCUUAUCGGGGAGUUACACGGACACGGAUGACGUCACCGCCGGGCGCAACGGCCUCAUCAUUUGGGGCGAGCCGCACGACAUGCAGAGCUGGGAGGCUACUCCUGGCUUUCUUACCAAGUGGUCAUGGGCCGUCGAGGGCUGUGAGGAGCUGGUAGAGAUUAGUAAUCGCUGGAGGAUGAAGAGAGGGGAGGAACCUAUGCGGCUGUCGAUG